CGGGACCCGGAGCAGCUCGGUGGCAGUGAAUAAUAGCUCUUCAAGUCUGCAAUAAAAAAAUGGCCUCCAAUAAAACUACAUUGCAAAAAAUGGGAAAGAAACAAAAUGGAAAGAGUAAAAAUGUAGAAGAGGCAGAGCCUGAAGAAUUUGUGGUGGUAAAAGUACUGGACCGACGUGUAGUGAAUGGGAAGGUGGAGUAUUUCCUGAAGUGGAAGGGAUUUACAGAUGCUGACAAUACUUGGGAACCUGAAGAAAAUUUAGAUUGUCCAGAGUUAAUUGAAGCAUUUCUUAAUUCUCAAAAAGCUGGUAAAGAAAAAGAUGGUACAAAAAGAAAAUCUUUAUCUGACAGUGAAUCUGAUGAUAGCAACUCAAAGAAGAAAAGAGAUGCUGCUGAUAAACCAAGAGGCUUUGCCAGAGGCCUUGAUCCUGAACGAAUAAUUGGUGCCACGGACAGCAGUGGAGAAUUAAUGUUUCUCAUGAAGUGGAAAGAUUCAGAUGAGGCAGACUUGGUGCUGGCAAAAGAAGCAAAUAUGAAGUGUCCUCAGAUUGUAAUUGCUUUUUAUGAAGAGAGACUAACUUGGCAUUCUUGUCCAGAAGAUGAAGCUCAAUAA